ACUCCACACAAACACACACUGGAACAACGCGGGCCUGAGGGUCUCCAGCAGUGAUGACACCCCCAAAGGAAUCAACACAAGCCUCUCUCUGCAUCUGUGUGUGCGUGUGUGUUUAGAGGAGACACAAAGCGUGGAAGUAGGAGGUGGGACAGAAGUUUCCUGUUGUCGGUGGAGACUUAUUCAGGACGAGACAGCGGGAGAGAGAAAGGAGGGAGAGACGACAGAAAGAGAGGGAUUAGUCAGAGGAGAGAAGGCAGUGGCAGAGAGAGAGAGAGAGAGAGAGAGAGAGCACAGAAGAGAGGAAACUGAGAAAGACCUGUCUGUACUGUGUUUUGUGGGAAGAUGGUUUCAGCGGUGCUUCUGGUGGCUUUUCUGGGUUUGACGUUUGUGUCCAGCACCGAUGCCGAAGGAAACGGUACACAACCGGCUGUGUCUGACAUUCAGAAUGAUGGUAAGAGAGGGAGAGGGGACACCCCUGACAUCGAGGAGCCUGAGCCCGAGCCCGAGCCCGAGCCUGAGCCUGAGCCGACGGCCGCCGUGUCCGACUUGGACAGCACCUACAACUACGUGUUGUCCAGGCUGGCCACGAUGGACCAGGCCAUACACAAGCUGAACGUGGGUCACUACAUGCUGGACGUCAAAGUGAUCCAGCUGCUAGACAGGCUGACCCGGCUGGAAGGCAAAAUGGCCGACAUCGAGGAGUCCGUCGAGCAGGUAUCGGCCUACUGCAAGGACAACCGCAAAGAGAUCGGCCGUCUGGAGGGCUGCGUGAAGGGACAGAAGGUAGGCCACAAGUGCUUCUUGGUGUACCGGACAUACGAGACAUACAUGGGAGCGUCUCAGAAGUGUCAGGAGCGAGGGGGACGCAUGGCCAUGCCCCGGGACCGGCGGGAGCAAGAGGCGCUGGCCGAUUACGUGAAGUCUGCUUUCCACCCAGGGAACUGGCCCGUGUGGCUGGGCAUCAAUGACCUGCGCUCAGAGGGUCUUUACCUGUUCGAGGACACCACCCGUGUCACCUACUUCCAGUGGAGGAAGCACUUCCUGUCCAGCCAGCCGGACGGAGGCAAGCGGGAGAACUGUGUGGCCAUGUCGUCCGACGACGGGGACUGGUGGGACAACUACUGCGACCGGCGCAUGUACUACCUGUGCGAGUUUGAUGCUUGACCCUUGACCACGCGGCCAAGCCGGUUAGACAACGGGCGUCGGAGUUACAGUGUUUCUUGUUUUUAUGUAAAGGUAUGAGGAGCAGCUAUCCAGAGUUGUUUACUUGCAGUUGUCGCACACGUAGCUAAAGAGGAAAAAGUAUCCUUUCAUCAUGAUAUGAUAACCACACGGUCGCUGAAUCCCUGAGAGGAUUCAAAUAAACAUUAUUAUUUAAUUUGA